AUGAAAAUCCAGACAUCUACCCUUGUUUUCUUCCUCCCCGCAGUCUUGGGCUGGUGGAACUGCAACUUGCCCGCUGGCACUGGAGACUAUGGCACCUGCGUCGAAGAUGGAAAUGCUGGAACCGCACUCCCUUGUACCAACGACCAUCCCUGCAAGAGGCAGGGCAACGGAUGCAUUGACGUUGGCGGUGCUACUGCCCACUGUUCUUGA